AUGACUAUCCUCUGUUCCGGCCCAAUCAUACUAAAAAUCCCCGCCAAGCUGAACCUCUACCUCCACGCCGGCGCCCUCCGCAAAGAUGGAUACCACGAUAUCACAAUGGUAUACCAAGCCAUUUCCCUCUACGACAGCAUGACCAUAUCCCCCUGCCAGGAUCCCCACAUAGAUUUCACAAUGACAGCCACCGGAAUCGAUAGCGAUCGCAUCCCCGCCGAUGCGCGUAAUCUCGUAAUCAAAGCUGCGAAACGCCUCGCCGGUCACUGCGGCAUCGCAAAUCCUAGCCUGCACUUCGACCUGGUCAAGUCCAUUCCCACUGAAGCUGGUUUAGGAGGAGGAAGUGCGGACGCCGCGGCCGCAUUGAUCGGAUGUAAUUAUCUCUGGAAGACUGAAUUGGAUGAGGAACAGUUAAUGGAGAUUGGAGCUCAAAUCGGAGAAGAUGUCCCGUUUUUUAUCCGUGGGUUGGUCGGGAUAGGUACUGGGUAUCAUCGCCCGGUGAUUCCCGUGGAUGUUAAUCCCCAAUCCAUGCGGACGUGGCACUGGGUGCUUGGGAUCAUGCCGCGGGGUCUGUCGACGAAACUUGUUUUCGAGAAGUCGGAUGAAUUCCUGGAUAGGAGGGUCCAGUAUGGGGAGACAUUAUCUAGUCAGCGCGAACAACUAGAGAAAUGUUUAAGUGUUGAUUGGGGCAAUACACCGGCUUAUGUUCUGGUGCCAGAUUUGCGUAAUAAUCUUCAGGAGGUGGCAGAGGAAUUGGAUGCUGAUAUUGGAGUUGCUUUGCAAGCGGGGAGAGAAGCUGGUGCACUUCUGAGUUUGAUGGCGGGAACCGGGACGACGUGUUUGUUCCUCGCGAGGGAUGAGGAGCAUGCAGAAGUUGUGUCUAGAACUUUGAGUGAAAGGGAGAUAUUUCGACAGGUUGUUGGUGCUGUUGGGCCGGUUGAGGGUGUCCAGAUCAUCCAAUGA